CAUUGCGUGAACCCAAUCUUACACUCUCACCCUCCGUAAUCCCUCGAAAUUACAUCUCUGCCAUCCACCUCCUCGAUUCGAAUGGAACCGACGCAAUCGCCGUCGGAGACGGAAGUUCACUCCGGCGAAGACUUCGUUCACAUCGAAGAACACUCCAAACCUAUAGGCGAUAUGUCGUUAAGCGACAGUAUAGUGAAGGUAGAGAAGGAGGACGCAGUUGAGGAAGAAGAAGAACACAAAGACUCCGAUUCCGUCGGAGAUGAAGCCGGUGGUGAUGGAGACGGUUACGGCGGUGGUGAGUGUUCAUCGGAGAAAGUGGAGUUACCGGAGGAAUUGGCGAAAGGCGUUGUGAUGCUGACGUGUGAGUCCAGUGGUGAAAGUGGAUCUUGCGAUGUGUAUUUGAUCGGGACUGCUCAUGUUUCAAAGGAAUCUUGUCGAGAAGUUAAAGAAAUAAUCAGCUUCUUGAAACCUGAGGCUGUCUUUGUGGAGUUGUGUGCUAGCCGAGUGUCUAUUCUCCAACCUCAGACUAUGAAGAUUCCAACCAUGUCGGACAUGAUUGAAAGUUGGAAGCAGAAACAAAACACGUUCGGUAUACUUUAUGGCUGGUUUCUUGCAAAGAUCGCCAGUCAGCUUGAGGUUUUUCCUGGUACCGAGUUUCGUGUAGCAUAUGAAGAGGCUCUUAAAUAUGGGGGCAGUGUGAUACUUGGCGAUCGUCCUGUACAGAUCACGUUAAAAAGAACAUGGGCGAAGAUGCCUCUAUGGCACAAGGUGAAGUUUAUAUACUCCUUGAUGUUUCAAGCUGUCUUCUUGCCAAGCUCUGAAGAACUCGACAGAAUGCUGAAAGAAAUGGACAACGUGGAUAUGGUGACUCUGGUGAUUCAAGAAAUGAGCAAAGAAUUUCCAUCUCUCAUGGAAACACUUGUGCAUGAGCGAGACCAGUACAUGGCAUCUUCUUUGCUGAGAGUUGCAAGUGAGCACAACUCGGUUGUGGCAGUUAUCGGCAGAGGGCAUAUUAAUGGAAUCAAGAAGAACUGGAAGCAACCUAUAACAAUGAAAGAUCUAAUGGAGAUACCAAGCGACGAGUCAGUGUUUACAGUGAAGAGGAUAGUAUCAUCAAUGGCGAUUGCAAUUACAGGGACAGCUAUAGUUACUGGCAUACUUCUGUCAAGAAGAAGGUGAAGUAGAUUGUGAUGAAGGGCAAAGCUUUCUCUCUUCAUUCUCCUGAGCAAUACAAAAGGAAAUGAUACAAACUUUAUACAGUCUUUACUCUUUUUUUUUGUAUUUUCUUUUGAACAGUCAAAUGUAUCAACAAUGGUUAUAUUUCACAUAAAUAAUUUCUUUAAUGCU